AUGGAGUCCAGGGAGAUCUUAAGCAGCUCCCGGCAAAGGGGGGACGAGUCGGAAUUCCUGCCUGUCUCCUCAAACAAGCCCCCAGCUGCUCCUGGCUGUGCAGGCGAACCUUUGCUCUCUGCUCCAGGAGCUGGGAAGGGGAUCCCAGUGGGUGGAGAACGCAUGGAGCCGGAGGAGGAGGAUGAACUGGGCUCAGGGCGAGAUGUGGAUUCCAACUCAAAUGCAGACAGUGAGAAAUGGGUUGCAGGAGAUGGCCUGGAAGAACAGGAAUUUUCUAUCAAGGAGGCAAACUUCACAGAGGGGAGUCUGAAGCUGAAGAUUCAGACCACCAAGCGGGCUAAGAAACCCCCAAAGAAUCUGGAGAACUAUAUAUGCCCGCCUGAGAUCAAGAUCACCAUAAAGCAAUCUGGCGACCAGAAGGUGUCCCGUGCUGGGAAAAAUAGCAAAGCCACGAAGGAGGAGGAAAGAAGCCACUCCAAAAAGAAGCUCCUCACAGCCAGUGACCUUGCAGCCAGUGACCUCAAAGGAUUUCAGCCACAGGCUUACGAGCGGCCACAGAAACACUCAAAUCUCCACUAUGACCCAGGCCUCCCACAGGACGUCACCAGUGACACCUUAAAACCAAAGCACCAGCAAAAAAGCAGCAGCCAGAACCACAUGGACUGGUCCACCAACUCUGACAGUGGACCUGCCACUCAGAAUUGCUUCAUCAGUCCAGAGUCUGGCAGAGAAACUGCAAGCACCAGCAAGAUCCCUGCUCUUGAGCCCGUGGCUUCCUUUGCAAAGGCCCAGGGUAAGAAAGGCAGUGCAGGGAGCACGUGGAGUCAGCUGUCCAACAGCAAAGAUCUGCUCUUGGGAGGUGUGGUCCCAUCCCCAGGCAGCCACAGCUCCCCAGCCCCACCCAGCAGCUCUGUUGAGUGCAACGGACUUCAGCCCUUGGUAGAUCAAGAUGGAGGAGUUGCAAAGGAGCCCCCAGAGCCACCUACCAUAGGCAGCAAGAAAAAGUCCAGUAAAAAAGAUGUGAUAAGUCAAACCAUAGGAAACCCAGACCUGGACUGGGUCAAGAAUGCCCAGAAAGCAUUUGACAAUACAGAAGGGAAAAGGGAAGGCUACCCUGCAGAUAAUGCCCAAGAGGCAUCACCAGCCAGGCAGAAUUCGAGUUCUGUCAGUAAUCCUGAAAAUGACUCAAGUCAUGUCCGGAUUACUAUCCCUAUCAAGGCACCCUGUCUAGAUCCAACCAGCCAUAAGAGGAAAAAGAGACAGUCCAUCAAAGCAGUGGUAGAAAAGAUCAUGCCAGAGAAAGCCCUGGCUUCUGGAAUCACUAUGAGCAGUGAAGUGGUUAACAGGAUACUUUCCAACACUGAGGGAAAUAAGAAAGAUCCCCGGGUCCCUAAGUUGAGUAAAAUGAUAGAGAACGAGUCCCCCUCAGUUGGCCUUGAAACAGGUGGAAAUGCCGAGAAAGUCGUGCCAGGAGGCGUGUCUAAGCAGCGGAAGCCACCUAUGAUCAUGACGCCUCCAACAUGCACGGACCACUCUCCAUCGAGGAAGUUGCCAGAAAUCCAGCAUCCCAAAUUUGCUGCGAAACGGAGGUGGACGUGCAGCAAACCAAAGCCCACCAGUAUGCUCCGGGAGGCAGUCCUGGCCACCUCCGAUAAACUGAUGGUGGAACCACCGUCUGCCUACCCCAUCACCCCAUCCAGCCCUCUGUACACCAACACAGACAGUCUUACUGUGAUUACGCCCGUCAAGAAGAAGCGGGGGCGGCCGAAGAAGCAGCCUUUGCUCACAGUGGAGACGAUUCACGAGGGGACUUCCACCAGCCCGGUCAGUCCCAUCAGCCGGGAGUUCCCUGGCACGAAGAAAAGAAAGAGACGACGCAGUUUAGCUAAGUUGGCCCAGCUGGUGCCAGGACAGGACAAGCCCAUGAGCGAGAUGAAGUUUCACAAAAAAGUUGGAAAGCUUGGGGUGUUGGAUAAGAAGACCAUCAAAACCAUCAAUAAGAUGAAAACACUCAAGAGGAAAAAUAUCUUGAACCAGAUCUUGUCCUGCUCCAGCAACAUUGCUCUGAAGGCGAAAGCUCCCCCGGAGACCAGCCCCGGGGCAGCGGCAAUUGAGAGCAAAUUGGGCAAGCAGAUCAACGUCAGCAAGAGGGGAACCAUCUACAUCGGCAAGAAGAGGGGCAGGAAGCCAAGAGCGGAGCUGCCACCCCCAUCCGAGGAACCCAAAACAGCCAUCAAGCACCCAAGGCCUGCUUCUAGCCAGCCGGACGUUCCAGCCGUGCCUUCCAACUUUCAGUCCCUUGUGGCAUCUUCACCAGCAGCUAUGCACCCACUUUCAGCGCCGCUAGGUGGGUCAAAUGGCAACCUGAGCCCUGCCAGCACUGAAACCAAUUUUUCAGAGUCGAAAACUAUGCCAAAUCUCCAGCCCAUCAGUGCUCUUCCAACCAAAACCCAGAAGGGAAUCCACAGUGGAGCCUGGAAGCUGUCCCCACCCAGGCUGAUGGCCAACUCGCCUUCCCACCUUUGCGAGAUCGGGUCACUCAAGGAAAUCACGCUGUCCCCUGUGAGUGAGUCGCACAGCGAGGAGACGAUCCCAAGUGACAGUGGCAUUGGGACGGACAACAACAGCACGUCUGACCAAGCGGAGAAGGGUUCAGAAUCCCGACGGAGGUACUCUUUCGAUUUCUGCUCCCUGGACAACCCGGAGACCAUUCCGUCCGACACCAGCACAAAGACCCGGCAUGGCCACCGGCAGAAGCAUCUCAUGGUGGACAACUUUCUGGCCCACGAAAGCCUCAAGAAGCCAAAGCACAAGAGGAAACGGAAAAGCCUGCAGAAUCGUGAUGACCUUCAGUUUCUGGCAGACCUGGAAGAGCUCAUCACCAAGUUCCAGGUGUUCAGGAUCUCCCACCGGAGUUACACCUUCUACCACGAGAAUCCGUAUCCCAGCAUUUUUCGGAUUAAUUUUGAUCACUACUACCCGGUGCCAUAUAUCCAGUAUGACCCGUUGCUCUAUCUUCGCAGGACUUCAGACCUGAAGUCAAAGAAGAAGCGUGGUAGGCCUGCAAAAACCAAUGACACCAUGACAAAGGUGCCUUUUUUACAAGGGUUCAGCUACCCUAUUCCCAGUGGAAGUUACUAUGCACCCUAUGGAAUGCCUUACACAUCAAUGCCUAUGAUGAACCUUGGUUAUUACAGUCAGUACCCAGCUCCCUUGUACCUAUCACACACGCUCGGAGCCGCUUCCCCGUUCAUGAGGCCGACAGUGCCACCUCCUCAGUUCCACACGAGCUCCCACAUGAAGAUGUCGGGGACAGCGAAGCAUAAAGCAAAGCAUGGAGUCCACCUGCAGGGACCUGUCGGCAUGGGCCUCGGUGACAUGCAGCCGGCCCUGAAUCCUCCCAAGGCGGGUGGCGCCGGUCUGGCCAGCGGUCGGCUCCACAAGAGAAAACACAAACACAAGCAUAAGCACAAGGAAGACCGGAUCCUGGGGACCCAUGACAACCUGAGUGGUCUCUUCGCAGGCAAAGCCACGGGCUUCUCCAGCCACAUCCUGAGCGAGCGGCUGGGUGGUGCAGACAAGGAGCUCCCAUUAGUGAGUGAGAAGAAUAAGCAUAAAGAGAAGCAGAAGCACCAGCACAGUGAAGCCGGCCACAAAGCUUCCAAGAACAACUUUGAGGUGGACACCCUGUCUACACUGUCACUUUCUGAUGCCCAGCAUUGGACCCAGGCCAAGGACAAAGGUGACUUGAGCGGCGAGCCUGCGGACACGUGCCCAAAAAGGUAUUCCGGCAGCGGCGGCGACAGUGGCAGCACCAGACCCGAGAGCCUGGACGUGUUCAGUGACAUGAACCCUUCGAAUGACAAGUGGGACAGUGACAUGAGCGGGAGUAAAAGGAGGAGCUACGAAGGCUUUGGGACAUACAGGGAAAAGGACAUCCAAGCCUUCAAGAUGAAUCGCAAGGAGAGAAGCUCCUACGACUCCUCCCUGUCUCCAGGGAUGCCAAGUCCCCACCUAAAAGUGGACCAAACGGCACCACACAGUAAGAACGAGGGCUCCGCAUCCACCAUGAUGACCAGGAAGAAGCCAGCCGCGGUUGACAGCGUGGCAAUCCCCCCGAGCCCAGUGCUAUCGCUCCUUGCUGCAUCUGCAGCCACGUCUGAUGCAGCCAACUCCUCCCUGAAGAAGCGAUUCAAGCGUCGGGAGAUCGAGGCCAUCCAGUGCGAGGUGCGCAAGAUGUGCAACUACACCAAGAUCCUGUCCACCAAGAAGAACCUGGACCACGUGAACAAGAUCCUGAAGGCCAAGCGGCUGCAGAGACAAUCAAAGACAGGCAACAACUUCGUCAAGAAGAGGAGAGGGCGUCCCCGAAAGCAGCCCACCCAGUUCGACGAGGACUCCAGAGACCAAAUGCCGGUGCUGGAAAAAUGCAUCGACCUUCCCAGCAAGAGGGGGCAGAAGCCGAGCCUGAGCCCGCUCGUCUUGGAGCCAGCGGCCACCCAAGACACCAUCAUGGCCACCAUCGAGGCGGUCAUCCACAUGGCCCGGGAGGCGCCGCCCCUGCCCCCGCCGCCGCCGCCGCCCCUCCCGCCCCCGCCCCCACCCCCGCCGCCGCCGCCCCCGCCCCUGCCCAAGACCCCCCGAGGAGGAGGGAAGAGGAAACACAAACCCCAGCCUCCCGCCCAGCCCCCGCAGCAGCCGCCCCCGCAGCAGGCCCUGCCCCAGGAAGAGGAGGUGAAGGCCAAAAGGCAGAGGAAGUCCCGAGGGAGUGAGAGCGAUGGCCUUCCCUAG